GUCGAGAUAAAUUGCCCUCCCUUUGCCAUUACAGUCAUCUUUUGCAGAAAUCCUGUCCAUUACAGAAAAUAUACAUCAAUCUCAUCCAAAAUGGCCGAAGCAAUCCUGUCCCCAAUCCUAUCCUUUGCAAUAGAAAAUAUAGGUAAAUUGGUUAUUGUAGAAGCAAAGUUUCUACAAGGCGUUAGCGAGCAAGUCGGACUCCUUCAUGAUGAUCUCAGAUGUAUACAAAAGUUCUUAAGAUAUGCCGAUAAGAACCAGACCGCAAGGGACAUUAUAGAAGAGUGGGUUCCGGAGUUUAGAGCUGUCGCUUAUGAAGCAAGUGAUCUGGUUGAAGAUUAUGCUUUGAGGCUUUCAAUUUCAAGCAACGGAGGCUUUACAAGUACUCUAAAGAGGAUUGCUUGCAUCGCCACGGAGGGUUAUACCCGUCACGAUUUGGGCUUAGAGAUUCAAAGUCUGAGAACUAGGAUCUCUAAUCUCACCAAAAAAUUUGGUGAGUAUGGACCUGUAAUGGCCAGAAUGGAGGAAGGAGAGUCGAGCGCUCCAUCCAGGCAGCAGCAAUUAAGGCACACUUACUCCUUUGUGGCCGACGAGGAUGUGGUUGAACUGCCUAAUGACGUUCAGGUGCUGGCUAAAUAUUUGCUGAAUAAGGGUGAAAGUACAGAGCGCAAAAUAAGCGUGGCUUCGAUUUUCGGCAUGGGUGGUAUAGGCAAAACGACUCUUGCUAGAAAGAUAUAUCACCACGAAAGAGUAAAUCAUUAUUUUAAAGGUCUUGCUUGGGUUUGUGUGUCACAACAAUGGCAACCAAACGAUCUCUUGCAAGGCAUUCUACUCAAGCUUAUUCCUGAACAAAGAAAUGUGAUUGUGACGAGCAAACAAGAUGAGCUAGCAAGGCUGCUUCAACAGCACUUGCGAGCUAGGAGAUGUUUGAUAGUCGUCGACGAUAUUUGGUCAACGGAAGCUUGGGAUUGUCUAAAAGAUGCAAUCCCAGUUUCGGAGCAUGGAUCCAAAAUUUUGCUCACAACUCGUAAUAGAGAUGUGGCAGUACAUGUUGAUCCAAAUGGUUAUCACCAUCAACUGCGUUGUUUGACCGAGGAAGAAAGUUGGGAGUUGCUACGAAAGAAAUCAUUGUGGGAGAGUAAUGGUUGUGAAGAUUUGGACAAGAUGAAAGAGUUGGGAAAGAAAAUGUUGAAAAACUGUGGGGGUCUUCCAUUGGCCGUGGUGGUUCUGGGUGGAAUUCUUAGAACUAAAAAAACCCUCAGGGAAUGGAAUGCGGUGCAUGAGAAUAUCAAAUCUUAUUUGGUUAGGGGAGAAAAAAUUGGAAAAGAAGGAGAGGUGCCAAAGAUUUUAGCUUACAGUUACUAUGACCUCCCUUGGCAACUAAAACCAUGCUUCCUUUACUUGGGUAAAUUCAAGGAAGAUUCUAACAUUGGAGUAGAGAGUUUAUAUCAGAUGUGGAUAGGAGAAGGUAUGAUAUUUGACAAUGAUAGAAGGGAGCAAGAAACAAUGAUGGAUGUUGCAGAGCGUUAUUUGGAAGAAUUAGCAAACAGAUGCAUGGUUGAGAUUAAAGUACAUGAGGAGGGGAAGCGUGCAGUAACAAGGUUGGAGUCAUGUCGGCUUCAUGAUCUUGUGAGAGAUCUAUGCUUGCUCAAGGCAAAAGAGGAGAAUUUGUAUAAGGUGGUCGAUAAAAGAACUUCACGAGAUUCUUCUGCUGCAAUUGAUGUGCAUUAUGGUUUAGUCUUUCGUUUGAAUGCAGAGGAUAUCUCUGAACACAGCUUUCCGCCAAAAGAACAAACUAAACAUUUUCGCUCAUUCUUGUAUGAUCCGUUGUGUACGCAAUAUAAUUCAAGAUUGAGAAUGAUGUCCCAAGUCAAGAAUUUGAAGAUGCUUAGAGUUUUGGCAAUUUUAUCCUUCCAUGUGGACUCCCAAAAGUGUUAUCUCAAAUCAUCUCUGCGAUAUGUCGGCAAUCUUAUCCAUUUGAGAUGUUUGAGAUUGAGGCAGUGUGGUCCAAUAAACUUGCCAUAUUCCUUGGGCAAUUUAAGAUACUUGGAAACUCUUGAUUUAUCUGGUAGUUAUUAUUCUAGAAUACCGGACGUGCUAUGGAAGCUGCGAUGUUUGAGAUAUCUAUAUCUUCCGAUGCUGGGGAACCGUCACCCUAAGCUGCGAUUGAGCAAGCAGCUAGAGAUACUUGACGGAUUCGAUAACAGAUUUUGCUAUCCUGAAGAUGUAUGCGAAUUAUCGAAUCUCAGAGCUUUCAAAGCUACGGUGCAUAAAAAUCUUGAGGACCUGGAACACAUCAUCAAUCAUCUAUCUAAAUUGGACUGCAUGUGCUUUAGCUCACUUCUGAUCUGGCACUGCAAUUUGAAUGACAACAACAGAGGUUUGGCUGUUCUUUCAAGGGUGUUGUUUAGUAGGAAUAUUCAUGAAUUAGAGAUCCACGGUCGUUUAUGCAAGAAGUUACCGGAUUACCAAUCCCAUAUGUUUCCUGAUCCUGCAGGACUUACUCAAUUAAAACUGCAGAGGACUGAAUUUGAGGAAGACCCAAUGGCAACACUAGAGAAGCUUCCUAACCUGAGAAUACUGGAACUUGGGUCAGAUUCUUUUCUGGGCCGAGAAAUGAUCUGCCACUCAAUGGGAUUUCCCCAACUAAAACAUCUCGGGCUUAAGUCUUUGGGUAACUUGAAGCAGUGGAAGGUGGAUGAAGGGGUCAUGCCUAAGCUCUCAGGCUUACGGAUUGAUUACUGUAAAAAUUUGGAAAUGAUUCCAGAUGGGUUGAGAUGUUUAACCACCCUAAAAGAGGUAUCUCUAGGGGUCAUGCCUGAAAAAUUCAACAAUAGAAUUAGGAUAGAGAAUGGUCAACAAGGAGAAGAUUAUGAUAAAAUAAGCCAUGUGCCUUCAGUUAAAAUCCACAGAUGGGUUGGCGGAAGAAUAGGUUUUGAAGUAGAAACUGUUUGUCCAAGCAAUCCUGUUUAACGAAGCCCUGGGUCUUAAGGAAAAAAUUCUACACCGAAUCUCCUGGCUUUCCCUGAUCUCAUCCAAUUCAAAUGUGAGUUUCUGUGUCGCACAUAGCAGCUGUUAUGGGACUCCAAAUGAUCUGAAACCAGCAUGACAAGGGCCAACAAGAUUGCAAGUUGGUUAGAUCUUCUUGUGUAGCUAGCAUUUGUAUGUAUUGCGAGCAUCUUUACUUAGCUAUUAGGGAAAGAUACGAAUUUGUUAUUUGAUCCUUCACUUUAGUGUUUGAUUAACAAGGAGAUAAUGUGUCAUUAUUUUUA